AUGAAAAGAGGAUUGAUCAUCACUUGGAUUUUGGUCCUCAUCACCAUGGCCACCUCACCGGUGUAUAGCCGGUACUACUCCAAGACGGUGCCACAUGCACCCAUGGCGGAGAAAGUAACCUAUCUGCACUUCUUUUUCCAUGACACUCUCAGUGGGAAAGAUCCUUCUGCUGUCCUGGUAGCCCGUGCCAACAUCACCAGCGACGACAAGUCACCAACACCAUUCAGCAGCGUCUUUGCCAUAGAUGAUCCCCUCACUGUAGGCCCUGAGCCGACCUCGGAGGUUGUUGGGAAUUGUCAAGGGCUCUAUGUGUCUUCUGGUAAAGAUAUACCGACCCUGGUGGCUUUCUUUGAUUUUGGCUUCACUAAGGGCGAGUUCAAUGGAAGUUCCAUCAGCGUGUUUUCAAGGAAUCCGAUUUUAGAGACUGAACGGGAGCUUGCUGUGGUUGGAGAGGGGAAAUUCAGGAUGGCUAAAGGGUUUGCACAACUUAAGACUAUUUUCGUUAAUACGACUAAUGGUGAUGCCAUUGUUGAGUAUAAUGUAACUGUUAUUCAUUAA